CAUAACAUUUAUUUUGAAGUAUUCAACGUGUUAGAUAAAAUGGAGGACAGUGAAAUUAAAUGCGAAACGACACCGUUUACAGAAUCUGGAGAGUGCACAGAUGAAAUAGAGUUCGUAUUUGAUGACGAGAAAAGAUUACAUGUUUCACAAAACUUUCUGAAGUAUGUGUCCCCAGUGUUUAAAGCAAUGUUCGAGCAUGAUUUUAAGGAAAAGGAAAAUAAAAGUGUGACCUUGACAGGGAAAAAGUACGAAGAUGUUUUAGAAUUCUUACUUUGUUUACAUCCAAACGUGCAAAAGUCUGUUACUAAAGACAAUGUUCUUAUACUUGUGCACAUAGCAGAGGAAUACCAGGCUGGAUUAAUGAUAACACGUUGCCAGAGCUUCAUGUCUGAUUGGCUCAAGUCGGAAUUAGCCUUGGCUCAUCAAACAACAUCGCUUGAGAAUAGAGUUAAAAGCGCAAAAACCUGUCUGAGAGUGAUGUCUGAAGCGAACAGUCUACAAUACGAGACACUUGUUAAUGAAGCAUGUACAGUUAUUGCACACUUUGGACAUGGUAUAUUUACCGGAACUGUACAAUAUCAAAAUUAUAUGGGAUUUUCUUUCUCACAAUCUAAAAAUCCUGUUGAUAAUCUAGCUAAUGCUGUAAAUGAUUGUAAAAAGUUAUUUGACAAUUUAUCCAUUGAGUUAAAAUAUAAAUUGAUACAUAAAAGAUUGGAAUUGUGUGAUAAUUUAGAAAUGCAUGGUGGUAAGAGAAAGUGAUUAACAGUAAUUUUACUUUGAGUGUUGAUUGUUCCAGUCAAAUAAAA